AAAGGGGGGGGGGGGCGGGAGGGAAAGAGAAGGAGAAAUCAUCUGCAAGCGGAGCGCUGGAAGACCUCUCGUCCUCCUACUUCCCUGAGCGAGCUUGGAUGCUGGAAGAAGCCUCUUGGAUAUGGGAUCAUAUCUGGUUUAUCACAGUCUGGGUUUGAUCCUCUGCUGCUCCGUAUUGAGUUCAGUCUACGCUCUGGUGGAUGCUGAUGAUGUCAUCACCAAAGAGGAGCAGAUCUUCCUACUGCUAAAAGCCAAGGCUAAGUGCGAACGACACCUGAAAGCCAAGGUGCCCAAGGUGCAUGAUGGCUUUUGUCUUCCUGAGUGGGAUGGUAUUGUCUGCUGGCCCGAAGGUGUGCCAGGCAAAGUGGUGGCUAUGCCAUGUCCCGAAUACAUCUAUGACUUCAAUCACAAAGGCCAUGCUUAUCGCCGGUGUGACCUGAACGGGAGCUGGGAGUUGGUCCCAGGCAACAACCGCACCUGGGCAAACUACAGUGAAUGUGCCAAGUUCCUCACCAAUGAGACGAGGGAAAGGGAGGUCUUUGAUCGCCUCUAUUUGAUUUAUACUGUUGGAUACUCCAUCUCUCUGGGAUCCCUCACAGUUGCUGUCCUUAUCCUGGGAUACUUCAGACGUUUGCACUGCACUAGAAAUUACAUCCACAUGCACCUGUUUGUCUCCUUCAUGCUGAGAGCCAUGAGCAUCUUCGUGAAGGACGCAGUCUUGUACUCCGGGUCGGCUUUGGAGGAGAUGGAACGGAUCUCAGAGGAAGACUUGAAAUCCAUUACUGAAGCACCUCCAGCAGAUAAAUCGCAGUUUGUGGGCUGUAAAGUAGCGGUUACCUUCUUCCUCUACUUCCUGGCAACCAAUUACUACUGGAUUCUGGUGGAAGGGCUCUAUCUCCACAGCCUCAUCUUCAUGGCAUUUUUCUCAGAGAAGAAGUAUCUUUGGGGAUUCACAUUAUUUGGCUGGGGACUCCCUGCUGUAUUUGUUACAGCGUGGGCCAGCGUGAGAGCCACUCUAGCCGACACAGAGUGUUGGGACUUGAGUGCUGGCAAUUUAAAAUGGAUUAUUCAGGUGCCCAUCCUGGCAGCUAUCGUGGUAAAUUUUAUUCUUUUUAUCAAUAUUAUCAGAGUCCUAGCAACCAAGCUACGAGAGACGAAUGCAGGGAGGUGUGACUCAAGACAACAGUACAGAAAGCUGCUGAAAUCUACCCUCGUCCUUAUGCCUCUGUUUGGCGUUCACUAUAUUGUUUUCAUGGCUAUGCCAUACACAGAUGUGUCAGGGAUUCUUUGGCAAGUUCAAAUGCACUAUGAAAUGCUGUUCAACUCUUUCCAGGGAUUUUUUGUUGCCAUCAUAUACUGUUUUUGCAAUGGAGAGGUCCAAGCAGAAAUAAAGAAGUCAUGGAGCAGGUGGACAUUAGCACUUGACUUUAAAAGGAAAGCACGAAGUGGGAGCACAACCUACAGUUAUGGACCAAUGGUUUCCCACACCAGCAUCACAAAUGUAGCCACAAGAGGAGCACUUGCCCUCCAUCUCAAUACGAGACUUAUACCAGGGACCCUCAAUGGACACCGGAAUUUGCCAGGUUAUGUAAAAAAUGGCUCCAUUUCUGAAAACUCCAUGCCUUCUUCUGGACCAGAGCAGUACAACAAAGAUGAGGAGUAUCUGAAUGGCUCUGGGCUUUACGAUGGAGACAGACCCACAGUACUUGUUGAAGAAGAAAGAGAGACAGUGAUGUAAAGAGAGGAGGAGAAAAAAGAAGCAAAAGGGUGAAAAAGGUUCCUGGAGAGCAUUUAGUGGGCAAAAGAAUAUCAGGCCACGCAUCGGAUGCCAAGGGUUUCCAUACAGUUUCUCUGUUCUGUGGAACGAGAGGUUAAGUUAUAUGGGAAAAAAAAGUGAGCCACCAAUGUGGCCAGCUGUCGAUCACAUACAUAUACUCAGUGAUCUAAGUCUCUCUGGUGUUAACGGAGGCAGGGCUAUCCAGACCCGCGGGCCUUGCUACCUGCUAAACAACGGAGAUACUGAGAGUUCGCGAGGGAGGUUUGCAAAGCAGCACGUGGUCCUUGGACCUCUGGGAGAGCGUGGGCAGCCAAGGAGGACAGGAGUCUCACCCAGUAAAGCAAGAGUCUUGCAGGGAGUGUACAGUGCCAUCUUCUUGUGAGGGUACAAGCCACCCUGGGCAUCAGUGUCUUCAGUUUGGUUUGCUCUUUCCCUGUAAAGUCUGCCUGGUAACACACACAACACUGAUCAAGACCUCUCGGGGGUCUUCGUGCUGCCCGGUCUUGCAGACAAGUGCUCAACGCGGACAGCUCGGUACAACCGGUCGCGUGUUUUUCCCUUGGGCAAUCUCACUCCUUGGCAAAAUGCUCCUCUGGGGUGGGCAGGGUUAACAGCUCAUGGCUGCUCAUUGCAGGCAGAAAACUCUGUUCUCCUUUCCCUGACCUGAGUCCCAGUAGCAAGCCAGAAACCAGUGCAAUUUUAGGAUGGAAAAUGUGGUUAUCAGAAUGUGCGACAUUUUUGUUCUUCCAGAUGCAGCAGUGGAGAGGGGCCCACCAAGCGGGUUGAGGCAGGGCAGGGAAUUUGCAGAUCUUGGGUAUGUGUGCCUGUGUGUGUGUGGCUAAAAUCAGUUCAGAGGGUAGCUAACUCAGCCCUCCCUUUUUGUGGGUGCUCAUGGAAACAAGCUUCAGUCAUUUUUUAAACCUCUGAAUUGCUUCUCAUUCUGCCCUCUGAAUUUCCUGUUUCUCACUCGUCCAAACCCUCAUGAGGAGAAAGACUCCAUCAACAGUCUGCCUGUAUCACUCAGAAGCACCAGCUGCUGGAUACAGCCAGGCAAACCUACCUUCAUGAGAUCCAAAGGCAAAAUUUGCUGGGUAAAAGCACAGGGAUUGCUCGUGGAUGGUCACCUUCUGAACAUCUUCUGAACUUUCCUAUUCUUUGUGUUUUGGUCACGCACACACAUAUGUACACCAGGUCAGACUCAGCUGGUGUAACAAGUCUAAGUUCAACCAAAGACACUGAGUUUGCCUAGAGAUGCUCAGAUGAGGAAAUGCUAUUGCCAUUGCCUCCAAAGGGAAGAGCACAAGGAAAUGCCUCCUUCCUACAGGAGAGAGACCAGGAAGAUUUUGUUACCGUGCAGAGUUUCCCUUCCUAGUGCUUUUUGCAGGGUGUGUGAAAAAGUUGUUUUCUGAUGCAUGUCAUCUUCAGCAGCGAGGAAGAGGUGGUACAGCCCUUGUUGGCCAACAGUGCAUCGUGCUGGGUGUUUCACACCACCUGAUCAUCUAGCGAAGGGUCUCUGCCAGUUCCCAAGCAUAAUACAGAAUUGCCCAGAAGUGGGAAAUUAGGAACAGUAACUAAACUUCCUAUUGCAGCACGUGCUUCCCCAAAGGGAGGACUCUGGCUGAGCCAGCCUGGCCACUCUCUUCAGCCCCGGUCAUAACAUCGCUAUUCCCUUGCUGCAGUCUAAGAGUCAGGGCCUCAUGGUGCUUUUUUUUCUUAUUUCUUUUUUUCCUUCUUGGCAAGUUUCUAGUACCUGAAGUAUUUUGACCUCACCUGGCUGUUACUCAAAUGGAAUAGGAAAGGGGUAUUAGGCAAGUUUGCAGAAGUCCUUUAGGAUGCAGGUGGGGCCAAUGGGAUAAUCCACUCUCUAUCCUGAUCCUUUAGAUACAGCUGCUGCCUCACAUCAACCAGUACUUCUAAGAUGCAUCAAGUCGAUGCAAUCAGCUGGUCCUCUGAGCGCAAAUUAAGGACUAACUCCCCCAAAACUCUGAAGGAGGUCAGACAGAGCAGUUGGGAUCUUGACUCUCUGUACCACAUCUUCUUUAAACAACUUCUCAGCUUAGGGCCUGAUCCAAAGCCCAGUGAAUUCAAGGAAAAAAACUCUUCCCUUCGACAUCUCUGAGUUUUGGAUUCAGACCUGGUAGGGGAUGUGGUGGCUGAGAGGCAGUCCUCUGUCAGGCACUGAAGCACCUCUCCACCAGCUGCAGACAUACAUGAGCAGGUCUUUAAAAGCCAGUAUUUAUUUGUGAUGUUCUUUUCUUGUUUUGCAUCAUUGAAAUAAGUCAAAGCUCAUCAUAACCAUUUACCACCAAAUGGCAGCUAUUAAAAUGUAAGGUUUUCAAAGAAUAAUCUUUUUUCAUGCUCCCUUAUUAUUGUUGUUAUUAUUCAUAUAACAAUACUAGCAACAGUAUUACAGAGAAGUUAAGUAAUCUUGCAAGAGAAGUCAACUCUAGCGAAAAUUUGGCAUGGAGAGCUAACCAGCUCUGCAGAAAUCUGGGCCAGCCCAGCUACACUGACUGCUUGCCUUUUCCUCACAGAUGCUGGUAUGGCUUCUGGAGGCAAUCAAAGGGGGCAGAAAUUAUUAACAGUGGGCUGUCAGAGUGUAUACAGCUGUGUUAUUUAGCAUCCCAUGUGGCUGAACCGCCGAUGAGAGAGAAGAACACUGAAUAUGCUGGCUCUGGCUUUCUACCCUUCCAGAAGUACGUUGUGCUUAAAUCCUGCCAAGUAGAUGCAAUGACCCUCCUGAUUUUCUCACUCAAAGAAAUUGCUCAGUAUCGUUACACUGCUGGAACAAAGCAAAAAAAAGACCAAAAAACCCCCCACCAGUGACUCACUAUUUGCUUGUGUUUGUUACUGAGAACUCAAGAUUAAUAAAUAACAUGUUUGACAAUCACUUAGCAAAGUUCAAGGAAUUAGCAAAGGCCAUAAAAUUAUUUAUAAACAAAUACAACACCCCUCAUAAAAUGCAGCGCUCACUGAAAUGCCUUCAUCAUUGGAUUAUUUAGAAUAAAUGUCUAAAAACUGUUGUUAAACCUAGACAAAAAUUACAUGCACAAGGGAUGUACAGGGGAAGAAAUCUUUUCUUAAUCCUUUCGAUUACAAAUCAUACAUAAUAUUUUUUUUAUUUCUGGGUGUUCAUGUGCAUGAACAAUAUUCAUGCAAAUAUUGGGAAAAUGCUGAUACCGAAACAGGGGAAUAACUGCCAUUAAGGCAUAGCAGACUGUACGUUUGUCAAAGCCUGUUCCUACCUUUCCUGGGCUGAUCACAAUCUCUUGAUUGAGUGUAUAGGCCACGAUCUAUUAGCUAGAGGUCCAAGGACAUCCUUCACUGAUUUUAGUGAGGAAGGGAUCAGACCAGUGAUGUCUAAAAACAGAGAAGAAACCACAAUUGGCAGUUGCGAUUUGCCCUGGAAGGGCAAGCAGAGCAGUCCUGCUGGUGCUUAGCCAAAGCCUCUAGAUUCAGAGUGGGGUCCCCUUUGCUUCUUCCAUCACCAGAAGAUGCGGGCGUUUCUCAAGGACGGUUUUUCCCUGUUCAAAGGUCUGAGUCCACCUGGGGUGACAGUUCUUCUCCUGUCUGAGUUACUAGUGCAAACAUAGUCCCGAAGGCCUUAAACAGAAACAGAAACGUGGUGAGGUGAGGAUGCAUUUGUCUGUGAUUUAUCUAGUGACCACUGCAAACCUUGCAAGCAGGACAGGGUUUGUGCCCAUCCUGGUUCAGGUCCAACAUGGGAUGGUGGAGCAGAGAGAACAGAUUGCUUUGGAGUCGGUGUGCAGCAAAUACAUAGGCAAAGAGACUUUCUCAAGUUCACUUCAAGGAGGAGGCCAGGGUCCAAAGGAGCUGGUUGCCUGUAUUUUUCCAGUUUUCCCUCCUCCAUGGUGUCAGCUUUGUGCCCCUUUUCUUCCCAUCCUGUAAAGCAGCUGACAGCGCUCAGGAGUCCUUUAGACCUUCUUGCUUCUCUAAGCCUGCUGGGCUGGCACAGGCCAAGCUGCUCACUGCAAUAUCCCAGCUGACUGGCUCACAUAGGGAGGAAUCUCCUUGCCCACCUUUUGGAUGGGUGUCCUCUUCUCCAGUGCCACAGAGAUGUUAGGCUUGGGCAGGGAAUCUCACCCCCUGCCAGGUUCAUUGUACCAGCCCAGCAGCUCUUCUAUUCCCACCCACAGCAGCCCAGUAUACUUUUCCUCAUCAAUCCUUCCUACAUGAUCUACCUCUUUUCUGGAUGGACACAGAGCUGUUAAAUGUUCCUCAGCAUUGUGUUUCUUAAGGAUGACUUUUGGCAGCAGCCUUGUCAUUUCUGCUUUGUCUGGAUAUGUGCAGACAAAAGUUUUUACACCUCCUAUAUACUGCUUGGUCUUGGUUCAGAUGAGAUCAUGUCUUGUCCUAUUCCUCACCAUUCCUCAACUCUGCUUCUUCUUGUCUGACACAUAUUAGAGCCAAAUCAGUUCACAAAGAUCUCCCAAAAUUGAGCUCUUCAGCCAGGGAUAGGCUUUGUUUAUCUGUUUAUGGGCAAUUGGCUGAAGGUCAUAGAACAUCCACAGUGCUGGUAAGAAUUUUCCAUUUUUUAAACUAUUAAAAUACAUUAAGAGGGAAGAUCUCCAGUUUUUCAUUUCUGUUUAUUGUUUUGACAAACUCAGUGGCUGGCUUAAAAGUUUUUUAAAUUUCAGGUUCUGAUGUUUCAAAAAGUUAAGACAAAUCAUUUAUAGGUUGGGUUCUCUUGCUCUUUCACUAGCCGAUUUUUCUGCAUACCUUCCACCUAUAAAGCUUCAAGCAGAAUUACUGAUGAUGAGGAGAGUGAUCAGUAUAUCUCUUAACUCAUCUGAAUCUCUCACUAUGGUCAAAGACUCAUUCACCUGAGAUAGGACUGCAUGAAAUGAGAGAAAGCACUUUAAGAGUUGACCUUUAAGGGAGAGGUUGUAUGAACCUGUGAAGUCUUUUAAUGUGCAACAUUGCUUCUUAUUAGUGUAUAUGCUUUUUUCCACCUGUUGGUGCCCAUGAGUUUGCUGAAAACAAAUCUUUCCCUCGUCAUGGAAAGUUAAGCAGAAGUAAUGUGGUUCACAUCCUCUCUUUCUGGCCUUACCUGAAUUUUAUGACAUUUUAGCUGUAACAGGAAGCAAAAAGAAAAAAAUACCUGGGGCAGCAUGUUCCAAACUUGGGGGGUAACAGCUCCUCAGCUGUAUAUCCUAGGUCACAAAUUGGCAUUCACUGAUGGCUGCAAGUCGUAAACUGCUCAGCAGGUGAGGAAGCUUUGUUUUAAGGCCAUGAGCAGGUUAACGUAUGUCUUCACCAUGCCACCUCGCUGCUGACAGCACCUGCUAGGUAAGACAUCACGUUGCACCCUCAGACAGGUCUAGGAAAAUCAGCUUUUUUCAACAAGAUUUAUGCUGGAACAGGUUUGCUGAUUGAUUUUUUGUUAUUGCUAUUUUUACUGCUAUUGCUGAUGGGCUGCCAUGUUCUGCAGAGUAAACAGAGGACAUAUAUGAUAUCCCCGGCCAGCUGCAGAGCUUUUCAAGCAUCCAGUGUGAUUCUCCAGACAGAGUAGAUUUUAUAUCCCAUUCCUCUAGGGUGUCUUGAAAUGAGAAAAAUAUUAAACUGUAAAGGAAAUGAGUUUGUGAAAGACCCUAUAAAUAAAUUUCCAUCAUGAUUGGCCAUGGCUGUCUGGAUUUGCCUGGAAAACAUAAUAGUUCAUGAAUUGUAUAAGUAAAAUAAAGAGCAUGUCCCUCUCUGUGGACAUUCAUUGGAAGGUAGUUCUCCUGUUUUUGCCCAUGGAAGUGAAAGGUUGCAUCUGCCAGACAGCAAAUACUGUUGGCCCAAAGGAAUGUUUUGUUUAGAGGCAGCAAAUCCUGCUAUCUGUAUACAAAUUAUUGGGUUUAUCCUGUUCCACCCAAACUAUUUCUCAUAAAAUCAAGACUCAAGCUUAGCUCUUAAUUAAAGGUGGGAGAGCAAAAGAAAGCAGACGUGAGUUGUUGUAAAGACACAUAAUUAACUGAAAAACAUUAAAACAUUACUCCACCACUUUGAUUAAAAAAAAAAAAAAAAAAAAAAAAGAAAGCCUGGGAAAUGCAGAUUGAAUCUGUUUUCAUUCAGGAAAAAGACAAAAAAUGCAGGUUGGCUUUUCUUUUCUUUUUUUUUUUCUUUUCCCCCCAAUAAUGCUCAGUUGUCCAGAAAGUUUGAGCCAGAAAUCUAGUCUCCUUGGUGUUUCCAUGUCCUCCUUGACCUCUCUGUAGGAAAUAUUCCACAAGCCAUUGUAAACGAGUUGGGAUGGAGAGCGAUACAUGGACAUACGACUCAGAACCCACCCUUGCCUAUGACCAGCUACUGGUCAUUUAAAGCUCAGAGACAUCAAGCGAUCUUGUGCUGAAACAGAAAUAUUGCUAAUGUGCUUCAUUUAGUGGUCAACCCCAAAUUAAUUUGUUGUCUAUAUAUCAAAACUUGUAAUAGGCAGAGUGUAUCUUGAUGAGGGUGCUUCUUUACUCAGUGUUAACAGACAUCUUCACUGACUGCUCUUUGUCCUGUGGGAGGUUUUGAAGAUUUUAGAGCAGGUAUCUUCUACUGAGAGUCCACCAGUUCAAGACAGGACUGAGACGUGAUCUUUUGGCAGUGCUAGCACAUUCCCAUGUAGCUACUUCUCCUGUAGCGUUAGGCUGAUGGUGAACCAUCAACCGUUUCAGACCUUUGAGGCUGCUUGUCCCUAGCAGGUAGAGAAGGCCACAAAAAGGACACCAGCAGGGUGUACACUCCUACCCUCUAUAUUGAUCCCAAAUUCAGAUUGGUUGGAGUCCUUCUCUACACUUAACUUCUUUUUUCCAAACUGACCCUACAAAACAACCCCCAAAAACUUAUUUAAAGAACUUGGUUAAGCAUUUCAUUUUCCAUUUUAACUGGAUGCAAAUACAGGGGGUUUUAUUGCUAGAAGCCAAUCUCAACUCUCAGUUUCAAAACCGAUCUAGAGCAUCGGGAUGGGAACAUGAUUUGCUCAGAUCAGCUGCACAGUGCCCUAGUCUCAUCAUACCCAUCGCACUGGGCUCAGAGCACAGGUACCCUGGCAGAGGUGGAAGGUCGAUCGAUCAAAAUAGUCUUUUGUUCUUGGUGAAUUAAUAAGAAAAGGGUACAGAGAGCAAAAAAAAAGACUCGCUGUCUUUAUGCCACACUUAAGAAGGAUUAUAAACAAUAAAAUAGUAAUUAUAAGUUAUCUUUUGUUUAUUUCUUCGGGUUCUGUUGAGUGCUCUGAUGGGGUCUGUGGAGUGUCUGGUUUUCUGGCUUCUCCCAAGUGGACAGAGUUCUCUGUGGUGGACAGAAUAGCUAUAAUGAGCGGACAGAGUCAUUCAAAGCCGGUCUCUAGGGCAGGACAGUUAGAAACAGACCUGAUGUUGAUUUUAUAUUUGUUGGCAGAAGGCGAGAGCUACGCCACUGAAGUUAAUCGAGUUAACUCGGUUUAAUGCCAAGGCAAAACAGGUCUGACUCUAGACCACGGUUCAGGACUCAUGUACAAUUUGCAUAAUGGAAUUAAAAUAAAGCUUCCAACUCUAGCUACAGAAAUACUCUGCUGAGAAUUAGAGACCAGGCUUGCUGUUUGGGAUUAAAUAAAAGGACACCCAAGGCAUCAGCUGUCGCAUAAAACAAUCCCAUUUUAUCUGUUCCUGCCCAGAUUAGUGUGUUCUCCCCACUGUCAUACACUGUAGUCACUUAGCCACACUCAGCUCUUUCAAUUGAUAGGGAUUUUUUCUUAGCUCCUUCUUUCUUUUCUUUUCUACCCUAAUUGCAUGUGAACUCAGAUCCUCCAAGUUUUCUUGCUGUCUUCCAGGUUUAAGCUAGCCCCGCAGUAUACAAAGUUCAAGAUAAUAUCAACAUUUUGCCAGGACUUGGGAGACAAGUGGGGAAAAGAAUGUCACAGGGGAGCAUUAAAAGAAAUAUUAAACAAGGUUCUUCUGAAACCUUUCCCACAGACCAGGGAAAGGUUUGCAAACCUUGGCACAGCAUUUCAUCCUCCUACUGAACUCACUCGUGUUUUGCUCAUAGAAGAUCUCAAGCCAUUCAGUAUGUCCUGCAAAGCUCACACAAUGUCUUUCCACUGUCUUCAGAGGGCUUGGGGUUAGAGCUGGUACACCGCUAUUAAAUAUUCUUGUUUAAUUGAAGUUUAACAUUCUGAUCUGCUCAUGUGGUUUCUGUAUCCUUCCCUAGGUUGGUACGUUAGUGCUGCUUUGGGGCACACUUGCAGAACUGUCCCUUGAACUGCCUUCGUAUCUGUAGCAUGUAGUAAUUACUGGACCCAUCUGGGGCCAUCUCCUCUCUGACCGCGUCUCUUGAUGGCAUUCAGUACUGACGGGCAGCAAUGCUGCUUUGUAAGGGAGCCAAAGGCAGCAUUUGCAAGAAGAGAGUGCAACAAGCUUUGUCCUAAUUCAGAACAGAUUUGCAAGACUCCAGUGAGGCAGGGCAGGGCUGGAAAUCAGCUCAAUGUCUGGAAGGGGCCAGGAACAAAAGAAAAAGUUAUGGAAGAGCUGACCCAGAUGAUCAUGAGUAAUUAGGAAGUCUUAUAAAUCUGGCUUCUUUUCAGGCAGACCUCUCUAUCCAGCACAGAUCUGACGGAGGUAGACUCUAUUGCACAAUUACAUUCCCUCCUAAACCGGGGAUGUCUUGAGAGAGCAAAUAGGGGGCAUGUAAGAAAGUCAGUACAACUUUCUCUUCUUCUUCAUCUUCACUUGUACUUUUCCCUUCUUUUUUCACCUGAAAAAAGGGGUACGUUAGAACAACCUCAACAUGAGAACCUGGGAUUCAGACCCAUUUCUCCUGGUUCCCACAGAGUAACUUCUCCCUGUGACCGUAGCAAUUGUUUUCCUGGCAUAUUAACUAAGGAAUUUGAUGGCAUUUGAUUAUCUUCCUCAGACUGAGGGUUAAUGAUUCUGGGCUAGCCAUGUGGUGUGCAACAACACAGAUGUGCUGGUAUCAAUUUGGGAUGAAAUCCUGACCCCAUGAAAAUCAACACCAAGACGUCUGUUGAUUUCCGUGGAGUGGGUUUCACCCAUAAAUUCUGAUGCCAGUAAAUUACCUCCCCUGUUCCCAAAACCUUACUUGCUACCCAUAUUUCAGGGUGUCUUUUUUCUUUAGAUCAAUAGCACUACAAGACCAGAAAGCAGACAUCAAGAGGUAGAAGAUGGUCUGAGUGGCAGGCUUGUCUCCUGAAAUGCUUCACGAGUGACAACAUUAGGCUUUUGUAUUGGUAUCAGCUUCUACAUGUGGGGAUUUAGGAUGUGGUAGAUAUUUGGCUAGAAAAAGGCAUGGGAUUAAAAUGUUUGAGAUAAAUGGGAUUAGUGUGCACUGGGUUUCCAAAAUGCCUGGGCCUACAUCCUCUGAAAUAGAGAUACAAUAUCCACUUGAAAGACUGCCUAAAACAAGCUUAAAUGAAGGGUGUUCUCCAAACAGCAGACCUCAAGCACCUAAAACAGAAGACAAAACAAUGACUUCACCAGAGAAGCAUCAUCUAUUUAAACCAGAGCAUUACGACAGGCAUGAGCCCCUCUAAAUAGAGAGUUGGGUGCUUCUUGCCAGGCCAAGCUUUUACCUUUUUAUUUUUCUCUGUCUAAAUUAAUCAUUCUUCCUCGAGAGCUGCAGGGAGGGAUGAACAAGAAGCCAUUUGUCAUUAGGUGUGAAAUCUUUUAAAGGACAUGUCGUAUGAGGUAGAGCUGGUGGUAGAGGAAAGUCAGUUGGUGGCGGAAAAGGAAGGACAGGCAUAGCCAAGCACCAUCACCCAAACCCGUCCCCUUGCCCCAUCCCCGUGUUCAGAAACACUAUGUCGAUCUCUUGCCAUCUGCAUGAGCUGGGGUAUGCAUGAAGAGACAGACCUGCUGCUAAAACUCAUUGCUUCGUCUCAGCAACUUCAGGGUGACCCAGCCAUGGUGGUCACCAGAAGUGAUGGGGUCUGGGCAUUAGAAAAAGGAUUCAGCCAUUCCCAGCGGUCUGCCAGGCUCAGCCCGAGGAGUCUGUUUUCAAGAUAUUGGCUCCUUUUUUCUAGUCUGAGCAGGAGGGAAAGGAGCUGGGGUGUGUUCUCCCCCCUCCAACAGGAGUGCUUUCACUGAAGUGGUUUAUAAGACCUUGUUUCACUUCAAAAGAGGGACAAAACUGAAAAACUAAAGGACAAAACUGUGAUUUCUUUCUAUGCGUUAUGGGGACAUUGCCUUGUGUGUGUCGUCAGGCAGGCAUUUGGUUUACAUUCCUCCACUUCUGCUUUCUGUACGGACCAAAGUAACAAGCGGAAAAUGACAAACCACAGGUGUAUGUAAAAGGGAAUUAAAAUAAAAAGAAACCUUUAUUGAUUCUCGUGAAA